CUCCAUGUCGCCGGAUGAUGACGUCCCAGUAGUCCCAGUUAUGAACGCAAUGGCUGCUAAUGCUAGCGAGCUUGAGGUUGCAAAGAAAAACUUGACUGAUGCAAUCGGUGAUAAUGUCAAGCAUUACUGGGCUAACUUAAAGCUCUGGUUCAAACAGAAGAUCAGUAAGGAGGAGUUUGACGUUGAGGCACGUCGUCUGUUGGCGCAGGAUAAUGUCCAUGUUCACAAUGAUUUCCUGCUGGCCAUUCUCACACGCUGCCAGAUCAUUGUCUCCACACCAGAGGGCACUGGUCCAUUACAGUGGCAAGGCGGCUCUGCUUCAAAGCCUGGCAAACCAAAAGGAAAGAAAAAAUGUUCCUCCAGACAGAAAUUUGAUCAUCGUUUUCAGCCUCAGAACCCUCUGAGCGCUGCACAGCCUUUCAGCCCUCGAGAAAUGGGAGGAGGAGGAGGAGCAGGAGCAGGAGGAGGAGGAGGAGGAGGAGGAGUUGGUGAGGAGGAGGAGCUGCGUCUCAGUGCCCACACUCUGCUGCUGCCCACACGGGGUCAGCUGGAGGCUCGCAUGAUGGUGACGGCCUUUGAGCUGGGUCUGGAUAACAUCACAGACGACUCUGUCAGCACCAUGAUCCAUGCUGUUGAGCAUCACCUUAAAGACGUCCUGACGGCCGUCAUCAUGAGGAGGAAGGCCUAUCGCUUAAGAGAUGGUCAUUUCCCUUAUGCCUUUGGCAAUGACGUCACGCCGCAGCCUUAUCUGAAGAACAGCCUGGCUGCGUACCACAGUGUCACUGAAUGUCCCCCUCCCAGCGCGUCCCUCCCCGCCGGCCCACCUCCUCAGGUGUCACCUGAUGAGGCCGAGCAACAAGCUGUUCACUUACUAGCUUGUUCUGCGGACAUGCUCCCUGCGCCCCUCCCUCCGAUCAGCAUGUUUGAUCUUCUGGAAGCUUUACAGGUUCACCACAAAGUGAUGCCCUCCCACACCAUGUACGCUCUGAACAUGGAACGCAUCCUCGCGAGGCUCUGGCACCCCAGCCAUGAAGAAUUGGAGCAGGACCACGUACACCGUCAGCGUCUCACUGCCAAAGAGGGCGUCCUCGUCAGCUGAGAACCACUGACACAGGACUGGGUGUGAGAUGUGCAUAUCAUCAGGAGUCACACGUAAAAAAAAUACACAGGUGGAAAAUAAUGGUUUCGAAAAACAAUAUGUUCUAUAAUCCGCUCCACAUAGUAUGAAAAAGAUAAACAUAAGUGGAGUGAGAUGAAACAAAACAGCUGGUCAGAGGACACCGAAUGGGCAGUUAGCUUCAGCCAAUAGAUGGCAAAAUGUAGCUCUCUGGCUACUUUAUUUUUCUUUGUUCUACCAGCCAUUUUGGCAUUUACCUAAUCAUCAUUUGGAGCUUCAUUAUAAAUAUGAAGAGUGUUUAAAGUGAGGCUAUAUGAGCAACUACAACCAUUUGCACCACAACUGUUAGAAAACACCAGGAACAUUGAGCCUCUAAUCCUGAAAGCUGUUGAGUACAUGAUCCAGGUCACAAUGUAUUUCAUGUAAGAAAAACAUUCCUCAAGAGCCCAAACUGUGACACACAGGUGUGUUCAUGUCUCCUAGCUGAUAAGUCGUCCCUGCGUCAAAAUCAUUUCUUUUAUCUUUUUUCUCGGGCACACACUGCAGCUGCCUUGACGAAGUACUCUACGUGCAGUAUUCAACAUAUUACUUUGUGCCUACAGUGAAGAACACCCUGCUCAUUCAUAUGUGGUAUUACGCAGAGUCCAAUUGAAAUAUUGUAAAAAUCGAUCCAUUGAAGACGCACCAUGCGAUUUGCCAAACCAGCUCAAGACACACACUUUGUAAGAAAUCCCUUUGGAUACUUUCGGUAUGUGUUUGUUACUUGGUAAUAUUAAGUUUUAACUAUGCGUGGUUUGAAACGUGCAGUGUUGUAUUGAUAAAAGCAAAAUGGCAUCUACUAGGAUGAUUUAGUUCUAUUCAUAGAUCUAUUCAUAUGUUGUUGUUGCUUAUUUUUCUGACAUUAACAAUUAUCCCAUAAUCCUUCACUGCAGGUGGAGGGUCAGAACAGCCAAAAAAAAGCAAGCUGGCUUGCAUAAUGAAAAUGGGGAGUGGCAUGUAGUCGGACAUCCUCAUAUUUCUCACAUACUAAAUGACGUCUAUAUUUAUCGGGACAUAC